UCUUAUCUUUUCUUUGCUUUCUCUUCUUCGCAGAGAAUAACUAAACCACCACCGAAAGAAAAAUUGCUCCAUAUGCAAACCCUAGAAAUUUCGAUUCUUCAUUUUUUAUUAUUAAAUCCCUCUGAAUAAUCUAUUAUUACUUUUUUCCCCUCACAAAUUGUGUCUUCUCCUUCCCUUUUCCUCAGGAAAAGAAAAUUCUUGAGUUUUCUGUGUUUGUUGUUGUGUUUUUCCUUCAAUAACGUAGGGCAUUUCAAAGAAAUUAUUGCAUUUGUCGUUUUUUUGUUUGUUUUGCAGGGAAUAGUUAUUUAAUGCGGGAGUUAACUGCAUUUGACUGGUCUGAUUGUCUGUUCUAAUAAUUGUUGUGUGUUGUUUCGAAAUUAGGGUGUUCCUCUUAUCUUGUUCGAAACUAGGAUUUGGUCAUCUUCUGGAACGAAAAAAAGAUUUUUCCUUUAUAUCUGAUUCUCUGAAAACAUGCCUACAGAAUAUCCUGUGCUUGAUAACCGACCAAUUAACAAGUGGAAGGUAACUGAGUUGAGGGAAGAGCUUAAGAAGCGGAACUUAACAGUAAAGGGGUUGAAGGAUGAGUUGGUGAAAAGAUUGGAUGAAGCAAUUCGCAAGGAAAGGGAAGCCCUUGAGAUGGAAGAGAGCAAGGGUUCUGAUAGUGAGAGUGAGCCUGUACUUGAGUCCUCUGAUGCUCAGGUAGACCAUGAUGUUGAUCAAGUUGUUGAUGAUGCUAGCAAGGGCAGUGUUAAUGAAGUUAGUGAAACAGAUGAUACUGUUGCUAAAAGUGAGACCAAUGAUUGCCCUACUGAUAAGGUAGAUCAUGAUGGUGAUCAAGUCGUUGAUGACGCUAGGAAUGGCAGUGUUAAUGAAGUUAGUGAAGCAGAUGAUACUGUUGCUAAAAGUGAGACCAAUGAUUGCCCUACUGAUAAGGUAGAUCAUGAUGGUGAUCAAGUUGUUGAUGACGCUAGGAAGGGCAGUGUUAAUGAAGUUAGUGAAGCAGAUGAUACUGUUGCUAAAAGUGAGACCAAUGAUUGCCCUACUGAUACAGAACAUGCAAAAUCUACAGGCGAGGUGCCAACUGGCGAUUCUGAUCAGUCUACGAUGGUUGAAGGAAGAAAAGAUUCAGUUAUGCCUAUGGAAACCGUAACUUCAGUUGAUGUUAAUGAGGGUCCUGUUGAGAUGGUGCUAGAUAACAAGGUUGAGGAGGAUGAGGCCAUGAAGUCUUCCCAAAAUGAUGAUGUAUCAAUAGAAGGGUCCAGUCUGUUAGAGUCUUCUUUGGAUGGUGGCGGUAUUGUCAAGGAGGUUGUAGAAAUGAAAAUAAUUUCUGCUGAGGAACCUAAUUCUAUGGGAGAAGAAAAUGGUAUUGAGGUGCCACCUAAUGCAUCUGGGGGAAUCACUACAAGCAGCAAAGUUGAUCCUGAAAAUGAGGGAUUAAAACCUUUGAAGAUGGAUGCUGAACCUGAUUUGUCACACCCAAGCACCCAGGUACAUGAGGUCAUCCCUAAUUUAGGGUCUCAAGUAAAAUCUGACUCAAUUCCUAGUGAUUCUUUGCCCAUUUAUGUAACAAAAGAACUUAAUGAUGAUUUGAAUGCUGAUAAUGUCCAAUUAGAACAAGAAAUUGUUAGGCCUGAGAUGGUUCCUCCAUCAGCCAACAAAGACCCCUCUGGCUUUGGCAUUAAUCAUCCAAUGGAUGAUCAAAUGCCAAGCAAGAGUCAAGGUCUUGUUGGAGGAACUGAUGAUGACGAGUCCUCAAAUGUGAAAUUUAGCAUGAAAAAUGAAAAUGCAGACCAAUCCUUUGUAGAUGUUUCCAUUAUAGAACAUAACAUGGAUAAUAAGGCUUCAAAUAGUACUGAGCUGGAAGUGCUGUCAAAAGAUGGAAAUAUGAAUCAAGCCGAGUUUUCAUGUAAAGAGAAAGAAUCAUCUGAAGAAGAAAAACUUGAUGUUGCUGCUUCUACCGAGGAAACCAAAUUUCAAGACAAUGAGUCUACAGAUGCUGGUUUUAGUAAGAUUACUGAAAUGGCAGAUGGAGAAAAUCUUGAAAAAAUAAACCUCGAUCAAUCUUCAGCAGAUGAUUCCAUGGAGGAGGACAUAGUAGAAAUAAAGAUUGUAGAUUCUGAACAGAUCUCCUCUGAAGUGGGUGAAAAGGCUGAAGAACCUCAUACUAAGGAACCUGGGUUGGGGUUGGAAGGUAGUAGUACUGCUUUGCCGUCUGACAUUCCUUCUGAUGCAGUUGAAGUUUCUCAUGGAGAUAAGAAUAAGAUUCUUGAUGCACCUGAAAAGAGAAAAUUUCAAGAAGCAGCUGCAUCGGGAAGCAAGGAACCUGCCAAAAGGCAGCGCAAAUGGAAUUAUGAGUCUCUAAAGAUAUCUGAACCAAAAAGUCCCAGUAUCUCGGUUCUCACACCGAAGCAAAUCUCAAGGCCCUCCCCUGGUGGCGAUGACUCUAUGCAUGAUGUAGAUACUCCAAAGGAGCGCAUUGUUCCAGAGUCUUCAAAAACACCCACCAAUUCUCUCAGAAUUGAUAACUUUGUGAGGCCAUUUACAUUGAAAGCUGUACAAGAGCUCCUAGGUCGAACUGGAAAGAUCUGCAAUUUCUGGAUGGACCACAUCAAGACCCAUUGCUUUGUCAAGUUUUCUUCUGUCGAGGAAGCCAUAGAGACUCGAAAUGCUGUGUACAAUCUUCAGUGGCCUACAAAUGGAGGUCGCCUCCUGCUUGCAGAUUUUGUUGAUCCACAGGAAGUAAUCUCACGUUUAGAGGGCCCUUCCAAGCCAACCACUCCUACAGCGAGUGCCAGCCCAGCAGUCCCUCCGGUCCAAUCUCCAUUGCCCUCACCACUAGCCAGGCAGCAGGCUCCUCCCCGGGAGCAAGGUGAGCGACCUCAUCCACUCUCCCGGCAACCACCUCCACCUGCUUCUGAUCGGCCUGCAAUGAAAGAGCGGCUUGCUAGACCACCUUCCCCUGUUGCUGAAAAAACCGAAGAAGCCCCCAUCCUCACUUUGGACGAUCUGUUCAGGAAAACAAGAGCCACCCCUCGGAUAUACUAUCUACCCCUGACAGACGAGCAAGUAUCCAGAAAGGUGAACGAACAACAAAGGAACAAGUAGACUUGCAUUAGGUGGAGUAUAAUGAUCAUUUGGGAAUGCAAUAAUAACUUCACCAUUUGAGGCUGAAGGCUCAAAAUCUGUUCCUAAUUAGAUUAGUUGUGUGGACUUUAUAGACUAAUAGACACAAAGUUAUAUCAGUCAACUGUGAACUCUUGUAGUAGUAUUUUUAUUUUUAGUUUUGAACUCCAUGAAUCCUUUGAACAGAUUGCUUUUAGGAGGUUUAUGGACAACUCUGUAACUCUGUAAUCUUGAUUCUAGUUUGUAUUUUGUAAGAUAUUCAACUUAUGCUUGUAGUUUCAUCCUUAUGCUA